CCAUGGCGGCUGUCGCGGAGGAGCGGCGGGAGCCGGAGCGGGACGGGGGUUGCGAGCACUACCGGCGGGGCUGUCUGCUGCGGGCGCCGUGCUGCGGGAAGCUGUACCCCUGCCGGCUGUGCCACGACGGCGCCGAGGAGCACCGCCUGGAUCGCUUCCGCGUGGCCGAGGUGCAGUGCGCGCGCUGCCGCCUCCUGCAGAAGCCCCAGCAGCGCUGCGAGGGCUGCGGCAGCCUUUUCGGGGAGUACUACUGCGACGUGUGCCACCUCUUCGACCGCGACAAGAAGCAGUACCACUGCGGCGAGUGCGGCAUCUGCAGGAUCGGCCCCGAGGAGGACUUCUUCCACUGCUCCAAAUGCAACUUGUGCCUGAGCCUGAGCCUGCGGGGAAAGCACAAGUGCAUCGAAAAUGUCUCCAGGCAGGAUUGUCCCAUAUGCUUGGAGGACAUUCACACGUCCCGUGUGGAAGCUCGCGUUCUGCCGUGCGGUCACCUUCUUCACAAAACAUGUUAUGAAGAGAUGUUGAAAGAAGGCUACAGGUGUCCUUUGUGCAUGCACUCUGCUUUAGAUAUGAGAAGGUACUGGCGUCAGCUGGAUGAUGAAGUAGCACAAACUCCUAUGCCCACUGAGUAUCAGAACAUGAUGGUGGAGAUUCUUUGUAAUGAUUGCAAUUCCCGGUCUACAGUGCAGUUCCAUCUCCUAGGCAUGAAGUGUACAAACUGUGAAUCGUACAAUACUGCCCAAGAUGGAAAAUCCAAGCAGCCUGUGGAGUAGCAGUGCCCAAGCAACGUGCUGCAUACGGCUGGACAAGGAAGACUAUACUGUGGAAGAGGCUAUCUGUUAAAAUAAAUUGUCAGUAAACAUUCAGAGGUGUCACAGCAACAGUGAAGAUGUUCUAGUGGUGGUGCAAAGUAGUUCUGCAAGGACUGUCGCCCCCCCCGCCUUGUGCCUGGUGCACUGUGUUGUUGGGAAGCUCCCUGCCAAGCGGAGCAGUGCCUGCUGAGGGCUGGUCCCUGGAGAGCAGCGCCCUGUAAUGCCAGAGGAGGCAGCCUGGGAAAAUAACCAGUGAGAUGCAAAAUGGGAAAGUGCUGUGAGCCGCUGCUGUCAGAGCAGAGUGCAUUGUGGGGACAGAAGUAGGGAGCUUAACACAGGGUGGAGGUGUAGCUGUUCUGCUGUUAGGGGAAAAAGUAGCUUUGAGGGCGGCCUUUUGCAUAAAGCUGACAUCUGCAAAGUUUUGCACGAGUACAUUUUGUUCCUUUGAAGUAAUGUAUUUGUUCUAGGGCCUUGGAGGCAGCAAUGCGAGCAGGCAGAAAGGGUUGAGCUUGCAGAAAUCACAUACCUUAGUUUGAUUUGUCGACAUGCAUGCAAAUGAUGGAUGCAGAAUUCAUUUCAAAAGCAGUGCCUGUCUGGGCAGCCCUUGUGCUGAACGGCCUACAAACCACGCUACAGGACUGCCCUCCUCAGGUACCACCGCUCCGUGUGUCUCUUCGCUCUGAUUCCUUUGCCAGCCAUGGUUGCAUUUAUGAUGCUUUGAUGGUUUUUUUUCUUCUCUAUUGCAUUGUUGUCUUACAAAGGCCUGGACGUUCUAGCAUAGCUUGAUGAUUUGAUAGUUAAGUACAGGCAGCGAAGCACACAGCAUUGUGUCAGGCCGGCUGUCCCAUCCAAGUCUGGGACAUGUGCUGAAAGAGCUGCAGUUGAUAGAGGUGCUCAUGUAGCACAGGGACCAGGUUUCUGCGGCCUCAUUUUUUUUGCUUUUUUUAGUGGUCUCCGGUUUCAGUGUGAGCAGGGAAGCUAGGACCUAGAAGUGUUAUUUAUCCUUUCUUGUGUGUGAUAUGCUGCCUGGUGUUCUGCAGAUUGAACCCCAGUUCUUAGAGUAUGUCAGAAUGCAUUGUCCAAUCCGCAUGAAGUGCACUAAGAAGUGACUCCUUGUCUGUGCUUCACCCUGUUGUAGAGCACCGCUUUCUCCCACUCUGAGCCCUUGCAGUCAGAAGCACCACGAGGCAGAUGGUGGCAGCACUGCAGCUCACUUUCACCGCCCUAUCUUCUGCAGUACUUUUCUCACUGUUACAAAUAAAUGUCAAACAAUGUCUUUAUUAAAACAA